AUAUAUACCCUCUUUAGAACAAACAUUCUACCAGGCUUGAAGUUUAUUCACAUGAAAUUAAUCCUUCUUUGAAUGAUGAAGCUAAGUUUUGCAACCCUGCUUCUGGUGAUACUUGUUCUUACUUCUUUCUUCAUUCCACCCACUAUUGCUGAUUCAGGUUUUUGUAAUUCAAAGUGCAACAUUAGGUGUUCAAAGGCAGGACGACAAGACAGAUGCUUGAAGUAUUGUGGGAUAUGCUGUACCGAGUGCCAUUGCGUUCCUUCUGGAACUUAUGGGAACAAAGACGAGUGCCCUUGCUACAGAGACAAGAAGAACUCUAAAGGGGGCCCUAAAUGCCCUUGAAUUUACUUAAUUCCCCCAAUUGUUGUUUCAUCAAAAAUUAAAUGACGAACACAAAGAUAGAGGCACAAACCUUUAUUAAAUCCUUCAUGUGGCAUGUUUGUCAAGAAUUAAGGAUUAUUAACAAAAAUAAAAUACACAAGUGAAAAAAUGGGGUUCUUUUGUAUAUUUUACUUUAUGUUAAUUUUAUGUUGUAGCUGAAUCCAUCGAUAGCGUUUAGUUCACAUAACAUUGUGACGUUUGCCACUAAAAAGCACUCGUUUGGUGAAUGUGUGCGCGCGUGUGCUGGGAUCACACAGUUCAACAGAAAUAAUAAGUGGCUUAUUUAAAUAUGAAUGAGUUACGACCUAAGGUUUAUGGCAGGUAGGAUAAUAGCCUGAACAGGGGCAUCUGUUCUUUAAACAAAAAAGAGUUUUAAGUCAUUACCUCAUUAAUUUAAUUUAAUUUAAUAUGUUAUAACAUAUUUCUUAGUAGUAUUAAAUAUAGGUCAUCAAAAAAUAUCUAUUAAAUGACAAGUGGGGAUUGCUCAGUUGGUAAAACACAUCCACCCACGAUCGGUAGGUUCAGGAUUCUAGUCAUGCUGGAGGGAAAGCAUGGAAACACUAUAGAUUCUCCUAAAUGGAGGAUUAAAAAAUAUCUAUUAAAUAAAUUAUUGAUAAUUAUCUUUUAAAUCACAUCAUUGUAUAAAUAUUUCUUAGCUUCUUCACGUACGCCUCCAAAUUUUGAAGAUAACUAAUGGUCCAAUUCAUUGGGUUGAGCUCUAGUUAUGAACUAUUUGCCAACUCAUCUUUACUUUAACUUUGAGUCAAUUGGAAAUAUGACAACUGUAAAGCUCAUAAUUGAAAUUCUAUAACAUAGAUGAGCACGCAACUAUUUCUCAGUCAAGUUGGAUUAUGUUUUCUGUGUUGCAAGCUUGAGUUUUGAACUUUGACAUGGGAAAAAUGAAUAAAGAAAUAUUACUUAAUCUAUGCAGGGGGAAGCACAUUUUUUACAUCUCGGAAAUUUCAGAAUUUUUGCAAUGUGAGUAGACUAACGUGACUUGAGAUAAACAUGAAGUUCUUAUGAGAUUAAGGAGAGCAUUCGAUAUCUUUAGGUGCGUACCAUAAGAUUUUGAAGUUAUAUGAAUCGAUGGAACUAGGUUUGUCAAAGGAAGUGAAAUGCAAGACGUGCUUGGAAAGGUUUUGCAAUAGUUGAGUUGAUACUUAUUUAGUAAUGUCUUGAGGGGCUGCUAUAAGUCCUCUUAGAUGGUUAAUGAAGUGUUAUGUAUGUGCCAAGGAGGUUCCAUAAGGAUUGGAAGUCAAACGAGUCAACGAGAAUGAGUUUCGGGAAUUUCCAGGUUGUACGGCCAUUUGUACGGACCGUAUAAUUUAUACGGCCGGUAUAAUGGUCCGUAGAUUAUUUCCAGAUUGGGGUGGAUCUCUGGUUGGAUUAUAAGGUCCAAUUGUACGGACCGUAUAGUUUAUACGGCCCAUAUAAUUGGCCGUAUAUCCGGGUCGGGCCAGAAUUCUUUUUAGUUAUAUAUGGCCACCCUUGUUCAUUAUUUCAUUUCCCACAUUUUCUCCAAGUCUCCAAAGCUCUAAAACCCUCUCCAAGCAUAUUCCACUCAAACCCAAGAGAAAACAAAGAUCAAAUAGUAAGAAUCAAGGUAUUCAUGUGUUGGAAAACUCACUAGGGUUAGUAGACUUCAAGGAUAACUUAGGUAUUGAAGCUAGGGUUUUCAUACAAGUUGAUAACUUGCUCCAAAGCUCAUUCUUAUGAGAUAAAAGGUUAGUUUCAUGCUUAUUCCAUGUUAUUAAGGAUGCUUAGUUAUUGAAUAACUUGGGUGAAAGGAGUGAAGGGUAUUAAUGAUGACAAGGAAGUAUUGUAUAAAACUGUGCAAAGGGUAGAUGUGAAGUUAUUGAUGUAAGUUGAAUAUGAGAAUGAAUUUUGGAGACUUAAUUGAAUAUGACUACUUGAGUAUGAUAUUGUGGAUGUUAUUAUGGUUGUUUGGGAGUUUUUUGCGAUAUGGUGGAAGUCGAUGAAAUAGGGGAAAUGCUGCCCAAUUUUUGUUCGUUCAUGAGUUGCUCUAGUUUGAAUUCAAUAGUGUCUUUAAGAAUUAACCAUGGUAUGAAUCCUUUUAAAUGUAGAUUUCUCAAGCCCUGGCGGUGAACGUUAGAUAGUUAAGAAGACAAAGAGGUAUGUAAGGCUAACCCUUCUUCUUAAGGCAUGUUCCCAUCUUCCAUAAUGACUUCAUUUCCUAGAAUCAUUAAAGCUCACAGUUCUUGAUAUUGCAUGACACUAUUGGUCCCAUCUUAUGAUAGUUGAUCUUCUAAAGAAAGAUAUAAUGAGAAUGACGAUGACGAUGUUGAUGAUACUCAUGCACUCCUAUGUAUAUAUAUAUAUAUAUAAGUAUGGCUAUUAAGAACAUCGAGCUUAUAUGGCUGGGUACGACUACUAAGUCCCGAAAGGGACGGGUACGAAUGUGACCGAGUCCCGAGAGGGCCGGAUACGGAUAAUACCGAGCCUAGAUGGCCGGGUACGAUAUGGUAUUGUACUGCAAGUUAUUGCAUAUGUAAGCAUGUGGAUGUGAGAAGUGUUUCUUUUAGAAAAAGGGUAAGAAAAUAUGAUGAAUGUCGCUAGAGGUAUAAAUGGCUCUAUCCUCCCAUGAAUUUUCUAUCUUAUGUUAUUUCUCAUUCUUUCAUUAUGUUAUUGAUUAUGCUUUACAUACUCAGUACAUUAUUCGCACUAACGUCCUUUUGUUUGUGGACGCUGCGUCAUGCCCGCAGGUGGACAGGGAGAUAGACUUGAUCCUUAGGCUGCUUAUUCAGAGAUUUCUUAGAGGAGGUCCAUUUGAUCCGGAGCUGCAGCAGUUGGUACUAUUCUUUUGUGUCUAUACAUAUGGGCAUGGAGGGGCCCUGUCCCGUCUAUAUGAUGAUGUUUCAUACUCUUCUUAGAGGCUCGUAAACAGUUGUGUACAGUUAGAUGUCUCUUAGUCUUGUCGGCUUAUAUUUUGUAUAUCAUUUUGUCAGCCUCGUUGGCUUGUAUAUAUGUAUAUGGGCAUAUUCGUUGAUGUUGAUAUGAAAAGUGCCUUAGCCAAUGGAAAUGGCAUUA